UCCCCGCCCGCCUGGGUCGGGCUAACGGCUUCCGGUCGCGAUGUCUGGGAGGGGCCGGGGAGAGGCGGUGCCCCGCAGCCGCUCCAAGAUGAUGGGCUGCGAGGAAUCAGAGCUGAAGUCGGGGGAAGGGCAGGCGGCCGUAGCGGCCCCGGGGCCACCCCCGGAACCCCGCGCCCCGGAGCCCGGAGCCCCCGUGCCCGAGCCUGGCCUGGAUCUCAGCCUGAGCCUGAGCCCGCGGUCCCAGAGCCCCGAGCCGCCGAACUGCAGCCCGGGGCGGGGGAAGGGGCGGGCAAACCGGCGGGGCGGGGCCCGCAAGGAGCGGCAGGUCCGUUUCCGCCUGGCGCCACCCUCCCCGGUCCGGGCCCAGCCGCUGGCCGUCCCUGCCGCCCCGGGCGAGAAGCCCGCGGCGUCGCAGGACCUGGGUGCGCCCGCGCCGCACAGCAGCCUGGCUCUGAGCCUCGAGCUGCAGGCCGCGCGGGCCGCAGCCGCGGGCCAGUUCGAUGCCGCGAAGGCCGUGGAGGAACAGCUGAGAAAAUCGUUCCAGACCCGCUGUGCCCUGGAGGAGAGCGUGGCCGAGGGACUGAACGUGCCGCGCUCCAAGCGGCUUUUCCGCGACCUGGUGAGCCUGCAGGUGCCCGAGGAGCAGGUUCUGAGCGCGGCGCUGAGGGAGAGGUUGGCGCUCCUGCCCCCGCAGGCCCGAGCCCCGCCUCCAAAGGUGAGGGCCUGGGCCGGGGUCCCCUCCCGCGCCCCCUGCCCUUGGCCGCCGCGGCUUCUUCCCUCUCCUCGUGUAACUGGCUUUGGACUUCAUUUCCGACAGGAGCCCCCUGGGCCAGGGCCGGACAUGACUGUGCUGUGUGACCCAGAAACGUUAUUUUAUGAGUUUCCACACCUGACCCUGGACAGUCUGCCCGCUCUCCGCCUUCAGCUCCGGCCCCGCCCUUCAGAGGAUACCUUCCUCAUGCAUCGAACACUAAGGCGAUGGGAAGUGUAGCCCAGGAGGCGCCCAGAAUUGCUUGUAUUUUUGUGUUGAAAGUAACAUAAUAAAGUGGUUUUGCUAACAAA